UACUAGUAUAGUAAUGCAGACCGACUUGAAAUGUCAGUGAAGGCGCGGAACACUAUUUAUUCGGUUAAAGCAGCAGGGUGUCGACAUUUUUCCUAUUUGUUGUGCAACCAGGGAGGCUGCUUUAGGAAACAGACUCACAUGUUUACUUAUUGUGUAUCAGACGGAAAGAAAUAUUCGGAAAUAGAGACAUUUUCUUUUCGACAAGUCAACGUCCAGACGUCAGAACGUGGGGCCACGACACGUCAAGUCGACGAAAGGCUAGGACUAAGUACACAUGUACGAGGACCACGGACCAUUUAUUUACACACAGAGUAGUAGACCUAGGAGCCUGGCGAUUGUCCGACUCAGUACAGGCUGGUCUGAAGUCUGCAUAUAGGGGCUAUCACAAACUUAAUUUGGUCGGCCGUGUUGCACAUCAAGUUGUAAUUAUUUGGUAAUUCAGUAUCACCCGUCGACCUCUGAAUUAAAUCAUGAGUGUGAGUGAAAUGCUACGAGGCUUACCAAGCCACAACGAAAACAACUUCAGUCGCUUCCACAGUGAAGGCAGUCGGAGUACGGUGAGUUGCCAGAGUAAGAAGCCAGCUGUGUAUCUUCCAACAAAAGAUUUCCCCUCAGAACAAGUCAUUACGACGGAGAAGACGAACAUUCUGCUGAGAUAUCUCCACCAACAAUGGGACAAAAAGAAUAAUCAAAAGAAGAGAGAUACGUCCAGUGCAAACAUGGAGUCGGACACCUCCCCUGCUCGGAAGAUACCACGGCUAGACUCCACUUCAGGCAACUGUGGUUGAGACCUGUCUUUGUCGCAUGUAUUCAAAUCUGUAAACAGCUCAACCUUAUUUAAAAAGUGCUUCAGAUGUUAUUGUUUUGAAAGAUUUAAUUGCAAGAAUGAACCACACAAGAAAGCAACCUGCAUUUUGACAUCCCAAGAGAUCCAUGUUGUGAGAAUGCAUGCAUCUGCUAUUGGUAUUGUGGAUUGUGCUAUCAGUGUGAUUUGUGUGGAUGGCAUUGAAGAGGAGUUAAGAGCCCUUUUCCAUUAUGAGGAGGACCAGGACUCAUCUAUCCUCUAGCUGUUUUUUCAUACAUCAUAUAUCUGAUUAACCCUGACCAUGCUUCAUACAAGACUCGUAGGCACUCAUUGUAGUUACACCCAUGAGAGUGAAACACUAACAGUAUUCUGUCGGCAUAAAACAGGUUUCCACAACAAGAUAUUGGCCUUCCUAUGAAACAGGUUGAAUGUCUAAGUCACUGGCUCGCUUCUGUCACCGGUGCCAGUUUCAUGCGUGCUGUGCAACGUCACGGGUUUGAUUGCAUUACUACAAAAAUACUUUUUUCCUCUAUUCAAACACACAGCUAGCUACAUUAAAAUGGACUGGAACUUGUUUUUUUUUUCAAUUCUAUAUUUCACUUUUCAGUUUAACCAGUUUCAUUACCAGUUUAAUUGACCGAUGUCCUUUUUUUCUUUUAGCAAUUUGUGUUGUUUUAUGCCAUUAGCAAAUUUUCAUAUUUCGGAGAGCAACAGUGAUUUCACUUUGGACAAGAGUUUUUAAUGUCAUAAGGGCUAUAAGACCCAUGAUUGGAGGUAGAUGCUUUAUACAUGCACACUGCUUUGUACGCAUAUUGUCCAAAAUGUGCGUGAUAACUUUUCAUCCGAAUGUGCACAACCAAAUGUGGCCUACAUGUAGCAUGGGAAUAAGGCGCUUAGCAAAGGAGUGGAGCAUCGGCUGAGCUACUCUGUCACCACUGGCAUUGUAGAUGAGCACAGAUCCACAGCUGUCUUGAACUUUUUCUGUGCUGCCCCAAAAAGGUAAACUGUGUAUACUGUAAAUAUUCUGUAUAUAUUAAAAUAACUAGAUACAUGUGCAAAAUGCAUGUACACUUUCAUGUACAAUACGCUGCUACCAGUGCAAAACAUAGUAAUGAAAAUAUAAUUACCGGAAAUGGGUCACUUGGGAGACAUUCCCAUAGGAGCGUGCACAAAAUUUUUUCAAACUUUACCGUCCCAUAAUUCAAUAUUCCCUUAUCCGAUCUUAACGAAACUUUGCCUUUCAGACCCUAAUCAGACCCAUCUCUCAAAAUGUGGAGAGUAAAAAUUUUCCUGGUUGACAUUGAAAUGUCUCCCUAAUGACCGAUGUCUCCAAAUGUUGAAAAAUUUACCACAAAAUGUUUCCCAAGUGACCUAUUUAGAAAUAUAUAAAGCAAAGCACAAAACCAAAGUUGACGCGUGUCUGUGUUAUAAGGUUGGUAUUUUGCUCCAGAACAGUAAAUUACAGUAAAAAUGAUGCUGCAUAUUUCCCCAAUUCUUGUUGAAAGCAUGUGUGUAAGUUCAACCCCAUGAUACAAGUUACUGGAAGAUUGUAUACAUAGUCAAUGUAAUAUUGUAACAUUUUAUGGAACUGUUAUCAAAUUAUCAAUUUCUGGUUCUGUGUUCAUUUAGGCUUGUGUCAGAGAGAGAAGUGGUCAUAAUUCAUACAAAGUCAGGAAAGGUUCUGCACGUGUCGCUGUGGUCCUAAACCAUUGCAUCCUGUGGCCUGAUGUGACGGAGCUCACUCAGUGAAAACAAUAAAUUUGCUGUAAAGCCUCAAAAACGUGACAGAUUUUCCUUCAGAGAUCCCCCGGUAUAUUCAGUAUUCACAAAUCAGUAAGGGUCCAAGCACUUGAGCACCCCUGUACUACAUGGGAGCUGGCUGCCUUAGUUUUGCCUCAGUAUCAGUUGUGAUUUACAUGUCAACGAAUGGCCCAACAGACGAUCUGUAUAGCCCCUACACAACAUUUAGUGUCACAGGAUUUUUGUCAGGUCAUGGGAACUGAAACAGCUGUUGGUUUUUCUUGUGUGUUUUUUUUUUCAUUAAAACAGGCCUUUACUCAUUCAUCCAUGACUUUGCAUUUUUUCCCCCACACAUAAUGGCCUCAUCUGUGAAAUUUUCUUCAUGUGUAGUAAUGUACAUGUACCAACGUACGCUAUCUUGAAUUUGAGACUACAUUUUCAGUUUGAGAGGUGGUCUUGCAUCUGAAAUUAUGGUUUGGGCAUGAAUAAAUGAAUAUCUUCUCUUUGUAGCGUGAGCAACGUUUGGCUAUAAAUGACAUCAACUGUGUAUUAUUUGCUGGUCAUUUUGACGUGUGUAUAUUUAAUGCUGGUUGUGACAGUUACAUAUUUAUACAGUAACCAGCUUGCAUGUGGUCUAUGGUAAACCAAAACAUCGGAAUCCAAGUCAAAACUUCAGUUUCUAAAAUAUGGAUGAUGUCAUCAGGUGGGCUCAUUUCAUGUAAAUAAUGCUGCUCAGUCGCCUUGCGCCUGCAUGUUACAUCCCCGCUGAGGAGAUGAUGCAGUAUCCCAUCAGAAGCAGAACUAGGGAACGGCCUGUGACGAUUUGCUCAUUUUGGGCGAAAAAGGACCCAAGAAACUAACAGUGUUUUAUUCAAGACUUAAGACCACCACAAGAAUACAAGACCUGUAGACUGAAUUCAAGUCACAAGCUAUUCAAAUGAACUGUCACAAAAGCAUUCCUUUGUCAUUGUUAACCCUGUCUGGUCUUGCCUUUGGUGUUGUGAUGGUCUCCACUUAACACUGAAAACUAAGGAUACCCCCACCCCAUUCCUCUUCCCUCCCCUCCCCUUCUCCAACACAGCAAACUGUCAAACAAGACAAGGAUUUGCUCACAUUCUUGAAGUGUACCACAUCAUUGAUGAUCCAAAUACAGGAAUGGACCGCUCGGCAAAUAGCCAUAGAGAAGUGAGCGCAUGAGUUAACUGAAUGCUUUAGACACAAGCUAUAAACCAGUCUUUGCUGCCAGGAACAGGUGAAUUUCUUUGCCUUGUAUGAAGUGUAUACUGUCGGUGUGCAUCAUUAAUUUAUAACAUUAAUACAAUAAAGCAUACACUACUGUUUAAUCCUUA